AAUUAAAAAAAAUAUUGCAUAAAUCACAAUUUAUUUUGAGCACACAUGCUCCUUUACCUUAACUGUGGAUGGUUCCCUGAAGGCAGCGCCUUUAUAAAAUCCCCUGACUGUAUAUAUAUAUAUAUAUAUAUAUAUAUACCUACCGUAUUUCCUUGAAUUACUGCCAGGGUGCUAAUUAAUUUAAAACCUCUUCUCACUCCUGCGCUUACCAAGGGCAUGCGGUAAAAGUAAGCAUGCGGUAAUUAUUUUAAAACCUCUUCUCACUCCGGCACUUACCAAAGGCAUGCAGUAAAAAUGUUAGUGUGAUGUAAGGAUACAAUCAUGAAAAGCACAUUUCAUAAAAAAAUAUGUUAUUAUGGUCUUACCUUUACUUAUAAAUAUAGUCCAUCCCAGCUCCUUCUGAUCAACAGCAUAGAUAACUUGUUUAUAGAAGUCUUCCUUAUCUUUCUUCAGUUUUAAAAGUCUCUGUCUCGAUGGAGAUCUUCCUUUAUUACCUCCUCCAGCACAUAUCACGUCACUCAUUUCACUUCUUCUGCAGCCGAGUAGUUGCAAGAAGGAUCACUAGCGCCCUCUACCACCAGGAGGCGGGAGUCAUUUAAAGACUCAUUUGACAGACGCAGCUACGGUAUUGUGGGUUCCCAGGACCACCAAGGAAGGACAUGGCUUGAGCAGUUUGACUUUGUUUAUUUUUCAAUGAAACUUCAGUCCAGGUCGCUCUUCCGCUCCUCCUCUCCGCUCGCUCGCCGCCAUCUUGGGCCGGGCUCCAGCGUGCCCUGCCUGUCUGUCGGACCGUCUGCUCCACAGGUAUAUUAAUAAAACAUAGCUGCUUACUGUUCUUUUUAGCAUACCGGUAUUCAAUAGCUUUGACUUUAAAUCCUACUGAAUAGCACUUAAUCUUCUUCCCUUUAUGCGAUUUCAAAUUACCGGUAUUGAAGUCAGCCUCGUCCAUUUUGAAAAUGAUGACAGGGGAAGUGUCACUCAUGACCCGGCGGUAAUACUAAGCAUGCGCUAAUUAUUUUGCGAAACAAGUUUGACCCGGCAGUAAUUCAAGAUAGGCGAAUACUAUAUGCCCGGCGGCAAUUCAAGGAAAAACGGUAUAUGUGUGUGUGUGUGUGUGUGUGUGUAUAUAUAUAUAUAUAUAUAUAUAUAUAUAUAUAUACAUAUACAUAUAUAUAUAUAUAUAUAUAUAUAUAAUUUUUUUUUUUUUUUUUAAUCUUGGGACUUCCUGUAGGCUGGAUUUUGGACGCUGGCGGGCUGUAGUUUGGGAACCCCUGGUAUAGAGUGUGCAUGAAACAUUUUUAUGUAUGUAUUUUUAUUAUUUAUUUAUUUUUGAACAUUCUGUAAUUCAUCCAACAGAUGGUGCCAUAGGCGGCCAUCUAGGUUGCUUGUCAGCAAAGGCACAAGAGCUGGUCCCCAUUACACUCACCCCCCUAACCCAGGUGGUUUGGCCCCCUACCUCUAUCCCAUUCCGCACAGGGACCCAUUCCACACUGGUCUUCCAUAUGAGAGGCAAGCGUGCUGACCAUCGAGCUAAAAGCCCAAGCAUUUACUAAUGUGCACAUAUAUAGCGCAGCCACACUGACCACUCCCUUUACGUUUAGCUGAAACUAUUACCAAGUAUGGAGCAAAUAAAUGUGACGGGUUUAAGUAAAACAUUUAAAAAUUGUUCCUGUAUGACAUUCUGACAAAUUUGCAAAUUAUGUCAGAAUAUUGUUUUAGUUCAUUUCAAAUACAGAAGCGAGUAAUAACUUGUAAUUAACCAAGAUGAAUCACAAUCAGUCUUCACACAUUUGCAGACUUAAAAGCAAGCUAUAAAGUACUGCAUGAAUUAGCUCCAGAUCCUCUGGCAGAGGUGACUGUUAUAUUCCUCUGGCAGGAGCCCUUUCAGUAAGGAGUGCAAAUGUGUGGAAGUCUGUACCUGAGGAGGUUAAACUGCUCGCUCACAACUUACAAGGUCUUCACAAAAAAAAUGUGUCUUAACGCCUACAGCUGCCAGCACUAAAAGAUAAGCCUGUUUUGAUGCUAAGUUAUAUGUUAUGGUGUGACGUUGUACCGUAUUUUUCGGACUAUAAGUCGCGUUAUUUUGUUUUCGUAGUUUGGCCGGGGGUGAGACUUGGCCAAACUAUUAAAAAAAUACAAAACUGUAUUUUUUUGUUUGUUUGUUUCACCCCCUGCUGGACUGUGGAGAAGACUGCAACUUAUAGUCCGAAAAAUGCGGUAUUUUAUUUUUUAUCAUAUUGUAUGUGUAUUGUGUCUCUCUCUUUCUUUUCUUUUUCUUUUAAAUUGUAAUUUUACUGAUUUUUUUUUCACAUCAUGGCGUUUUCGACAACUCCAUGGGAUGGAACUUUAAGUUCAUAUGUGAGUAAAGGCAGGUGGCCAAAUGCUUUUGGCAAUAUAAGGUAUCAUUUGACAUCCAUUUUCACUUUUGUGCUGCUUUCGCACUACUUCCGGUUAUCGUAUUUUGAAAGGGUUAACCGGAAGCACAGCGCUGCCUAUUUCGAGCUUUAACGUUGCGCUGAGGCGAUCAACAGCUUCAUAACUUCAGCAUCAGCACCGGCAGCAAGGCACACUUCAUGGAGGUUUGAAGUGAGGAGUUAAAAGUCAAAUUAGAGCCAUACUUGCCAACCCUCCCGGAUUUUCCGGGAGACUCACGAAAUUUAGCGCCUCUCCUGAAAACCUCCUGGGACAAAUUUUCUCCCGGAAGUCUUCCGAAAUUCGGGCGGAUUUGGAGGCCACGUCCCCUCCAGCUCCAUGCGGACCUGAGUGACAUGUCUGCCCAAUGACGUUAUAACUGUAGAAUGAUCGAGGGCGAGUUCUUGGUUUCUUAUGUGGGUUUAUUGUUAGGCAAUUUCAUUAACGUCCUCCCAGCGUGGUAAAACACACACAACAACAGCAGUCCGUUUUCGUCUACCGUAAAGCAGUUUGUCUGCCGUAAACAACAAUGUUGUGAAACUCUUAAACAGGACAAUACUGCCAUCUACUGUACAUGCAUAUGGUUAGAAAAACAAGGAUGGACAAUUCAACCCUUAACUCAACAAUGAGUAGAUAAAUAAUAAAUAUAAAUGGGUUGGACUUGUGUAGCGCUUUUCUACCUUCAAGGUACUCAAAGCGCUUUGACAAUACUUCCACAUUUACCCAUUCACACACUGAUGGAGGGAGCUGCCAUGCAAGGCGCUAACCAGCACCCAUCAGGAGCAAGGGUGAAUUGUCUUGCUCAGGACACAACGGACGUGACAAGGUUGGUACUAGGUGGGAAUUGAACCAGGGACCCUCGGGUUGCGCAUGGCCACUUUUCUACUGCGCCACGCGAUGAAUGUUAUGUGUGUGUAAAUGUGUAAAGAAAUGAACACUGAAAUUCAAGUAUUUAUUUUAUUUAUUUAUAUAUAUAUAAAUAUAUGAAUGUGAGUGUGAAUGGUGUCUGUCUAUCUGUGUUGGCCCUGCGAUGAGGUGGCGACUUGUCCAGGGUGUACUCCGCCUUCCGCCCAAUUGUAGCUGAGAUAGGCGCCAGCGCCCCCCGCGACCCCAAAAAAGGGAAUAAGCGGUAGGAAAUGGAUGGAUGGAUAUAUAUAUAUAUAUAUAUAUAUUUAUAUAUACUCCUGCCCUCUUAGCCACGCCCCGCCCCCAACCACGUCCCCCACCUCCCGAAAUCGGAGGUCUCACGGUUGGCAAGUAUGUCAAAACAUUUUCGACAACUACAUGGGAUGGCACCUCAAGUUCAUAUGUGAGUAAAGGCAGGUGGCCAAAUGCUUUUGGCAAUAUAACGCAUCAUUCGACAUCCAUUUUUACUUUUGUGCUGCUUUCGCACUACUUCCGGUUAUCGUAUUUUGAAAGGGUUAACCGGAAGCACAGCGCUGCCUAUUUCGAGCUUUAACGCAGCGCUGAGGCGGACAACCGCUUCAUAACUUCAGCAUCAGCACCGGCAGCAAGUCACACUUCAUGGAGGUUUGAAGUGAAGAGUUUAAAGUCCAAUUAGAGCACAUGUCUUAGUAUAAAGUUGUCAGAUUAAACAUGAACCCCAUUUUCUUUGUUUUGUUUCUUUUGGUGGGUUCCGCGGAGCUCCGCAGCCAAGUCCGCCGCCCUCAGCCGCCAGCCCGGGCAGAGGAUGGCUUGGAGCCGCCGGUAAAGAAGGAUGCUCCCCUGGAGGAUGAUGGAGUGGAGAGUUUGGGAGUUGCAGAAUUGAUUGGAAGUAAAGACAGAACUUCCAGGAGACGAGAUCACGGCCAUGAAGACCCGAACGGAUACUUCACAACCCCGCGGGCGCACCGCCUCACAAGCGCCCUGCGGGUCAACUCCUCCUCCGGCCGCGGCGCCGGGCUGCUCAACCCUCUCUUCCCGGUCACGGAUGGCUCCUACUGGGCCUACGCGGUGAUGCUGCUGGCCCUGGUGCUCUUCUCCGUGGGCAUGGUGGGCAACCUGGCUCUCAUGUGCACAGUCUGGCACAACGUCUACCUGAAGACGGCCUGGAACUGCAUCCUGGCCGGCCUGGCCCUCGUCGACUUCCUGGUGCUCUUCUUCUGCUUACCUGUGGUCGUGUUCCACGAGCUCACCUUCAAGAGGUUGCUAGGAGACGUGUCCUGUCGCCUCGUGCCAUACCUGGAGGUGACCUCUCUGGGCGUGGCCACCUUCAGCAUCUGCGCUCUGAGUAUCGAUCGCUUCCACGCCGCCACCGGACCGCACCGCCAGUCCAGGGUGGAGCCCUGCCGGUCCAUCCUCUCCAAGCUGGCCGUCAUCUGGCUGGGCUCCUCGGUGCUCGCCGCCCCCGAGCUGCUCCUCUGGCAGCUGCUCCAGGAGACGCCGGGCCCGCCCGCCGACCCUCAGCGAGGCCAGGUGGGCGGCUCCCUGGCGGCCGCCGUCAGGGCCCGAGCGGACGCCCUGGUCGUGGACGUGUGCGUCCGCGAGCCGUCCGAGGCGCUCCCUGAGAGCGUGUACGCGCUAGUGCUGACCUACCACGAGGCUCGCUCCUGGUGGAUGUUCGGCUGCUACAUUUGCCUGCCGCUGCUGUUCACCCUGGCCUGCGACCUGGUCACCAAGCGGGCGUCGGAGCCCAGGCCCGUCGAGGCGGCCAGCAGGCGCUCCUCCUCGUCCUCCUCGUGUGCGUCCUCUUCCUCCCUCAAGAAGAAGAAGAAGGGGCGCGGGCGCCAGCUGAGACUGCGCUCCACCGUGAUGGCGCUCGCCGCUUUGUACGUGGCCUGUAAUUUACCCGAGAGCGUGUGCAACAUCACCCUGGCCUACCUCUCGGUCCCGGCCCUGGUUCUGUCGGCGCUGGGCCUGGUGGGUCAGUUCUUCCUGUUCGUACGCUGCUCAGCGACGCCGGUGCUACUGCUCUGCUUGUGUCGCUCGCUGGGCCAGGCCUUCAUGGACUGCUGCUGCUGCUGCUGCGACGAGUGCCUCCCCGACGCCAAGUCCUCCGCCUCAGCCUCCGCCUCAGCCUCCACCGCCCCCACUUCCGCCCUCUCCUCGCCGACGCCUCAUUCGCCAUCUCCGUCGUCCUUGUCGCCGUCCGGCAAAGAGGACGCAGUGAAGGUGGAAGUAACCUACGACUCCUCGGCGGCCAUCGGGACCCCCUGCUGAGUACAAUUGGUACCCCAGUCGGAGUAUCUGCCCUUUCUGGAAGGGAACUUCGGAAGUCAAAAUGGGGGAUGAAGCUGCGUGGAUCGUUACGUGUGCCAGAAACCUCCUCGAUCAAUGACUUUUACACUUUUUUAAGCAAUUUAACUAUAGAUGGCAGGGAAUAUUCCGUAGGGAAUUUUGUCACGUUUCAUGUGUUAGGUAAACCAAUGGGGCCAUAUGAAUGAAUCCCGUUUCCUGCUGUACUAAAGAGGACUGUUGCCACAAAGAUUCAUCCACGCAUGCUCCCCGGAAGUAGUACGCCAACAUGAAAUAUUAAAAACGUAGUAAAAAUAGGCGCAUAGUCCUGAGGUUCUUCACAUUCAAAGCGUAUACCGUAUUUUCUUGAAUUGCCGCCGGGGCGAUAAUUAAUUUAAAAUCCCUUCUCACUCCUGCGCUUACCAAAGGCAUGCGGUAAAAGUAAGCAUGCGCUAAUUAUUUUAAAACCUCUUCUCACUCCGGCACUUACCAAAGGCAUGCAAUAAAAAUUUGAGUGUGAUGUAAGCUUGGACCUUAAAUCCUACUGAAUAGCUCCUAAUCUUCUUCCCUUUAUGCAAUUUUAAAUUACCGGUAUUGAAAUCAGCCUCCUACAUUUUGAAAAUGAUGACAGGGGAAGUGUCACUCGUGACGUCACGAGUUUGACCCGGCAAUAAUUUAAGGCAGGCACAUACUAUAUGCCCUGCGGCAAUUCAAGGAAAUACGGUAUUUUCAAAAAUGAAUAUAAACUAAAUACGUCCACCACAUGGCAACAAAGUUAUUGAUGCUCUAACUCCACCAUUCUUGUGUUAGGAUAUUCCACAACCUUGGUACCUCCGUUUUUCUUAGUCAUCUGUACCAAAAUGUCCGCCAAAAACUGGUAUGAAAAACAAAACAAAAACGAAGGCAGUGUUUCUCAAACAGUGGGUGGAGAGCCCCUGUGGGGGUUCAUGAGCAGGAAGGGCUAUUUUCAUUAUUUGUGCCUCCACACUAGUAUUCGUGUUAGAACGAUACACAAGCCUGCAGCGAAAUGUGCUUAAUAAAUAAAGUGGAUUGAAUUGGAUAGUAAGCAAACAGGAACAUAUGUGUGCAUACCACUUUUACCCAGUAGUAGUAGUACUAGUGAGUACACAGGAACACGUGUACAUAUUACUUUUACCUAUCAUUAGUGGUACUAGUGAGUACUGAGAAACAUAUGUGUGUGUGUACUACUUGUACCCUGUAGUAAUAGUACUAGUAAGUACACAGGAACAUAUAUGUAAAGACUAUUUUUACCCAGUAGUACUAUUACGUACACGGAAAUAUGUGUACAUACUACUGCUACCCAGUAGUAGGAGUACCAGUAAAUACACAGGAACAUAUAUGUACGUACAACUUUUACCCAGUAGUCGUAGUACUAGUGAGUACACAGAAACAUAUUUGUACGUACUACUCUUACCCAGUAGUAGAACUCGUAAAUACACAGGAAAAUAUGUGUACGUACUACUAUUACCCAGUAGUAGUAGUACUGGUGAGUACACAGGAGUAAGUACACAGGAACAUAUGUGUAUAUACUACUUUUACCCAGUAGUAGUAGUAUAUAAACAGGAACAUAUGUGUAUAUACUACUUUUACCAAGUAGUAGUAGUUCUAGUGAGUACACAGGAACAUAUAUGUAAAGACUACUAUUACCCAGUAGUACUAGUGAGUACACAGAAAUAUGUGUACGUACAACUUUUACCCAGUAGUAGUAGUACUAGUGACUACACAGGAACAUAUAUGUAUGUACACAGGAGCAUAUAUGUAUUUACCACUUUUACCCAGUAGUACAUAAGUAUGUAUGUACUACUUUUACCCAGUAGUAGUAUUACUAGUGAGUACACGGGAGCAGAUGUGUACAUACUACUUCUACCCAGUUGUACUAGUGAGUACACAGGAACAUAUGUAUACAUAUUACUUUUACUCAGUAGUACUAGUGAGUACACGGGAAGAUAUGUGUACACACUACUUCUACCCAGUAGUACUAGUAAGUACACAGGAACAUUUAUGUACAUACUACUUCUACCCAGUAGUUCUAGUGAGUACACGGGAACAUAUGUGUACAUACUACUUCUACCCAGUAGUACUAGUAAGUACACAGGAACAUAUGUGUACAUACUACUUCUACCCAGUAGUACUCGUGAGUACACAGGAACAUAUGUGUACAUACUACUUCUACCCAGUAGUACUAGUGAGUACACGGGAACAUAUGUGUACAUACUACUUCUACCCAGUAGUACUAGUGAGUACACGGGAACAUAUGUGUACAUACUACUUCUACUCAGUAGUACUAGAAAGUGCACAGGAACAUUUGUGUACAUACUACUUCCACCCAGUAGUACUCGUGAGUACACAGGAACAUAUGUGUACAUACUACUUCUACCCAGUAGUACUAGUGAGUACACAGGAACAUAUGUAUACAUACUACUUUUACCCAGUAGUACUAGUGAGUACACGGGAACAUAUGUGUACAUACUACUUCUACUCAGUAGUACUAGAAAGUAGACAGGAACAUUUGUGUACAUACUACUUCUACCCAUUAGUACUAGUGAGUACACAGGAGCAUAUGUGUACAGCUGGAUAAGUUUGUGACAGAAAUAAAAAUUAAAAAAAAGAGUCCUUGUUAGCGGAAUGUAAAAAAAGUAUAGAAGAGAAUAAUUACAGUUUUAUAUGCAGAACAUGUGAAAUAAAUAUACAUGAUGAUAAAAUGGACAAUGGACUUUUUAAAGACUUUUAUUAAUGUCAUUCUUUAAUCAAAGUUCAAUAGUGUUUCUCACCUUCUUUAUCAAAGUGCUGCAACUCGCAACUUUUUACGGACCGACAGUCGCUUGUUUUGCAGCCGACAAAAACAAAUACCGAAACGCAUCAGAUUCUUGGUUUGGACUCCACGUUCUGCAGAAUGAUACGCAAGAAAAAACAGUUAGCUUGUCACGCUAACCGGGACAAAGUUUUGGCGAAGAUUCGCGCAUAAAAACCUGAAGUACCACUCUGCUUGGAAAUGAAAUGUGUAAUGUUGUCUUCCAGGGGGUUUCGCAACCAAACGUGCCAUUGUUUGUUUACUUCCUGUUUAGGCGGUGACCUGAAGCAACUGCACUUCCUUGUUAAAAAAGUGCUGACAAAGCAAUUUUCUCACAUCAAAUUGUAUCACUAAUAUGAUUUGUAGUGAUACUGAUGACCAUUGUGUGAUGUUUGGAUUUGUUCCUGUUAGUAAAGAUGAUAUUUUCCUCCA